AGUUAGAAAGUACCUAUCUAGAAUUGAAGGAAUGUUUAUGGAAUUACAUUGUAGCAUUUUCCAUUAACACCUGAACCAACGGUAGCACUGAUAUCCGACGAUAGUGGGUUUCAUCUCUGAUUUCCGGCUACCUGGGAAACAAUUAGUGUGCGCACAUAUUUGGAGCUCAAUGCACACGUAACGGUCCCCAUCCAGGGUUAUGGGUUCAAGUUGGCCAAUAUGCAUAUCAAUGCUAUGGAAUGUGGUAGUGUAUAACUUGAGCCGAGUCCCUAUGGUCGAUUAAACUCUUGGUUCUUUUAUCUUUAGAUCCCGAACAACUUCCUAUCCUCGAGCUAGCUACCUGUCUGGAACAAUAGAGAGCUACAAUGGCAUCAAACACAUUCGAUUUUGUGGUUGUUGGAGGUGGCCCGGCCGGCUGUACGUUGGCUACCACCCUAGCCAAAUCGGCCAAGAAACCUUCAGUGCUCCUGAUCGAGGCUGGGGGCGAUAACACAGAUCGCAACCUCCGCGUCAGUGGACAGCGUUUUACAGCCUUCAUGAAGCCUGAACUGAACUGGGGCUACAAGACUACUCCACAGGUCGACUGUGCAGGCCGAGAGCUUGAUUAUUCGCGUGGUCGCGGCCUUGGUGGAUCCAGUGCUAUUAACUUCGGAGUCUGGAGCGUAGGCGCACGUGACGACUACGCCGAAUGGGCUCGCAUAGUUGGCGACAAGGCGUUUGACUGGGAGAACAUGCAGCGGCGUUUUAAAGAGGUUGAGUCCUUUGAUCCGUCGUUGCCUGAAGGCGUUAGUACCAAGUAUGCCGCCCCCAAGGCCUCAGACCACGGUUUUUCAGGCCCUUUGAAGGUUGGAUAUGCUCGCGAAUUUGAAGAUGAUUUCACUGAAAUGAUUGAUAUCUUCGAGAAAGGCGGCUGGCCGCUCAAUCCCGACCAUAAUUCCGGAAAUCCCAUCGGUAUGGCGACAGUCAUCAAUUCAGCACAGGCAGGUUACCACUCUACCGCGAAUGAUCUAUUGGCCUCUAAGCCUGAGAAUUUGACGGUUGUGACGAAUGCCCCCGUCCAGAGGUUGAUCUUAGAAGGAACCAAGGUCCUGGGCGUGGAAGCGAAAGGAACUCGCUACUUCGCAUCCAAAGAAGUCGUCUUAUCAGCAGGGUCGCUGAACUCGCCUAGCAUCAUGAUGCACUCCGGCAUUGGGCCUGUGAAGCAAUUGGAAAAGUUUAAUAUCCCUGUUGUUCGGGACAUCCCAGCGGUCGGCCAAAAUCUACGAGACCAUAUGUUUGUCCCCAUUGUCUAUCAGCGGAAGGAGACAAGCACCUCGCGGCCCUCGUUCUAUGGCGACGCCAAAGCCAUGGAGGAGGCUCUCGAGCAGUGGAAGAAAGAUGGUUCAGGAAACUGGUCGAAAUAUUCCUCUGAGCUGGGCAUCGGAUGGAAGAAGCUCGAUGGUUUAGAGUCUUCGCCAGAAUUUCAGAGUCUACCUCAAGACGAGCAGAACCUUCUCCGCAAAGAGACGGUUCCUCAUUACGAGGUCAUAACUCAUUUCCCUGUCCAUUAUUUCAUCCCAGACAUCACAUCAUCCACACACUAUUCAUGCUUCCUAGUGUUUUACUACAACGCAGACAGCCGUGGGGAGGUAACUCUGCAAUCUUCAGACCCGAAUGUGCCACUGCUGUUUAAUCCCCGAUUCCUAGGUUCUGCUUUUGAUCGCCAUGUCGCCGUUAGGGCCUUGCGAGAGGUCAUGGAGCUUUUAAAGAACGAGCCUUACGCGAAAGACACAGUGGCAAGCUUGGCAGUCCCGAAGUCAGAGUCUGACGAGGACUUACUUGCUUACUGGCAGCAAUAUGUCGGUUCCAGUUGGCAUAUGACCGGAACGUUGAAGAUGGGAAAGCGUGGUGAUGCAGAUGCUGUAGUAGAUAAUGAUUUCCGAUUUAUCGGGUUCGACGGCCUUCGUGUUGCCGACAUGAGCGUUGUCCCUAUCUUGGGAAGCUGUCACGUGCAAGCUAUAGCCUAUAUCACUGGUGCAACUUGCGCAGAGAAACUGAUCCGGGAAUAUCAGCUCUCGUAGGGAUCGCUUGUAGUAGAAACAUAUGAUAAGAUAUCUAGGCAUUGAUUAAGCGAUAUAGAGGUUCAGGAGCAUUGGGAUACAUAGACCUUCACAAAAAGAUAAGAUAUCUAAGUAGCUCGAUACGAAUACUAAAUUAAAUGCUAAGCACCACACUAGC